UUAGAAUGAUGUUUGUAAAUAUCACACAGGGAUUUUUCCAAAGAUAUAAGGUUGCCCUUCGUGUAGAUAAAUUUGAGAUAACUGCGUAUGGUAUCUAAUUGAAACUUAUUUCAAUAAAAUACGAGAGUAUAUUUUAUUUAUUUGUUGAAGAUGUUGAACAAAACAUUGAACAAUUGUCCAAAAAGCAGUAAACAGUCUUAACGUACAAGUGAGAGGUCUAAAAAAAACCUGCUGCGUGCUUUUAAAGAUUGAUACUAUAAUUGUAAAAACAUUGGUCAAUGAAUAUCAAUGUUACAGACCUAGUUAUGGAGGAUAGUAUGAGUGUAAAGUCGAUGGAAUCAGUGGCGACAAGCGAUGAAUAUGAAUUUGUAAAUGAAAAAGGUACUAGCAAGCAGCAGCAAGCCCUCUUAGAACCACCCAUGCUAAAAAUCGCCAAUAACGGUAAUCUGGAGGACCUGCAAAAUAAUCUCCGUGAGAUUUUAACAGAGGACUCGAAAAUGGAGGGAAGUGAAUUCAAAGUGACGGGUGCUGGCCAACAGAACCAAGAGAAGAUGAAGAAAGUGGGCCACAGUAAAUUUUACGACGUUAGUUCUUGUAUUGUCACAUCGGAGAAGCAGGAUAUUAUGAAGCCCGAAGAUUAUCUUGAAGAAGAAUUGAAUACAUUGUCACACGUUCAACAAGAAUGCACUAUUUUCAAUGGUGUUAUGUAUUUGGGAUCAGCUGCCAUAAAUGCGCCAAAAUCAGAAUGCGAAAUCCAACGUAAUAUGAAUAUAUUAAACGCAGAGCAAUCCUUGAAUUUAGGAAUAAAGGUUUCUGUCUCGGUGCCGAGUAGUUCGCAAGGUUCAGUUGUUCUAUACGAUGCUGGAACACAACAAGCUAUCGCGCGUUAUGAAGUCCAACGUAUUCUAUUUUAUGCACGUGGUGAGAGUGCUGGUUCAUGUGCAGCAUGUUUUGCUUUUACAUGGUCACACGGGGAUACUUUAGAAUCUGCCAUUUACCAAUGUCAUGUUUUUCGCUGCGAUAUACCAGAAGCGGUCGGACAAGUGUCAGCCUGCUUUUCAAAAGCGUUCCAUAGAAUACCACGUUCAAUGACAAGUUCUUUAACGGGCAGUGACUUUAACGGUUUCAAUCCUGGUGAAAAAGUUAAUUCUAGAGUAUUUAUCUUUGAAGUCACUAUGGAAAUAAAAGAAGAAGAUGGAAAAGGUGGUUUUAGUACAGUUCCCAAGGAUAGAAAUUGUUUUAAAUUACGAAGCAAUGUGGCAAAACAAGUUUGUUUGAGUAUCCAGCAAGUGUCCAGUAAAGAAGGUGGUAUUACGCUUGAAGUCGAGAGAUGUUUCGGAGUACUUGUUAGCCCUGGGCGAAAUGUUAAACACAGUGAUAUGCGACUACUCGAGAUGGUAAAGAGAGAUUCACACCAGCAAGUUAAUUUUAUGUCUAUAAUCAGCUCAGAUGUUCGCAAUAUUACAACAAUUUUACAGCAAGUUAAUACUGGACCAAUAAUGCAAGAUAAACAGUGCUAUAAUAUUUGUGGACGUUGGGAUCCUGCAGAUCCCGCUUUGGAAACUCUUAAUAUAGAAACUCCUAGAGAGGGUAAAAUAUUCAUGACCGUUGCCGUUGAUCUCGUUAUUAGAGAUAUUCGAGAACCAGUAAGAUUUGUGAUAGAAACGUCAGUUAAAGUGUUUCCACAAAACGAGAGAUUUUGGUACUUUAAUAAAAGGAAUCUCGUGCAACAGUUUUUUCUUAAUUCCAAAGAGGUAAUUUCUGGGGAUGGUACAGAAGUACAUUAUGAAGUACAAAGCAUAGAAUCAUCUGGUGAAUUAGAUAGAAACAGAUUAAAUCUGGCUCUGAAUCUGGCAUCUUUAAUUAGAUCUCCCUCUUUAACUAGCAUCGAUACACUGACACCUAAAGAAGAAAUAGAUUCAGACGGUGAUGAACCUAUGUUAAGUGGUACAGGCGAAGUUUCGAAGGACUGCUCGGCGGAUGAAUUGGCCAGUUGGGCUGAAGUUUUAGAUAGUUGGCAAGUUAACGAGCAACGUCCGAAACUUCUUAUAAAACUGACAAAACAAGGAAUUCCUGAAGCUUUGCGCGGCGAAGUUUGGCAACGUCUGAGCAAUUGUGACAAUUCGCAAGAAAUGAUGGACAAAUACAGAAUGUUAAUCACGAAAGAGAGCAGCUGCGAGAGCGUAAUUUUAAGGGAUAUCAAUAGAACAUUUCCAGCCCAUGACUUCUUUAAAGAAACAGGUGGUUUAGGGCAAGACUCUUUAUACAGAAUAAGUAAAGCGUAUGCUGUUCACGAUGAAGAGGUUGGAUAUUGUCAGGGCCUCAGUUUUUUAGUUGCUAGUCUGUUACUGCACAUGCCCGAAGAGCAAGCGUUUUGUGUUCUGGUCAAAUUAAUGUACGACUAUGGUCUUCGAGAUUUAUACAAGGAUAGAUUUGACAACCUUUACAUGCGAUUUUAUCAAUUAAAUCGUUUAAUAGAAGAUCAAUUGCCGGAACUUUAUAAGCAUUUCUGUGAUCGCGGUGUAGAAACGCACAUGUUCGCCGCACAAUGGUUUCUAACUCUAUUUACUGCUAGAUUUCCAUUAUAUCUUGUCUUUCAUAUCUUGGAUGUAUUUCUUUUACAAGGACUCGACACGCUAUUCCAAGUCGCCCUCGCUUUGUUAAUGCUUUGUAAAAAAGAAUUAUUACAACUAGAUUUUGAGAGCAUAUUAAAAUACUUCCGGGUACAUUUACCAAAACGUUGCCGAAACGAAGAAGUUGCACGCUAUGUUAUGAAAUUAGCUUGUUCAGUGACAUUGAAGAAAUUGAAGAAAUAUGAAGCAGAAUUUAUGACGUUGAAAGGUAAUUUUAUAUUCUACGUUUGAAUACUUCUCUGUUCACCUUUAAACACAAUGUUCCAUCAAUUCAUUAGGGAACACUACACUGUGCUGUACAUGCAUGUACAUUUCGUGUAUAGUUCAGCAAUCAUUGCCUGUUGGUUGUGAAUUUGUUUUCAGUGUGGAUAGAAGCUUUAGGCACAUACGAACUUUAUUAUAUUUAUAGACAUGCCAUAUUAAAAACUAAAGAGUCAAAGAUUCUUGGCAAGAGCUAUUACUAAUAAAACUACAUAUAAAAUACAACGAGUUCUUAGGCUGUGCCAUAGAACGUAUAUUUUUUGUAGUACUUAGAAUAGAAUUUUUCUAAAAUCAAAUACAAUCUAAUUAAAAUACAUAGAAAUGUAUAUUGCUAUGUUUUGAUAACACGAUAGUAAUAGAAAUAUAGUAAAUUAAAUCUAUUAAAAAAUAAAAAAUUUAAUAUUAUAGAUAUAUUAAUUAAAUAUAAAAUGUAUUCAACCUGUACGUAGGACAAUAUGCUCGCGCGUGUAUAUUUAACGUUUAUACGUAUAAAUUUGAUAAUAAAUACAUACGAGAUAGAACUUCAUACUUUCUGAGCCAAAGUAUGUAUAAAAUGUUUCUAGUCUCAUAGCAUUCACUGCAUCAAGUACUCAAACUUUCUUAUUAAUAAAUGUAUUAAUAAAAAUUUUAUAAUAAACUUUACACACACAGCUCUCUAUAUUUAUGUGAUUUAGAAAUAUGAAAUGGACAUUGUAUAAUUACUUUAUGGUCAGGUGGUGGUUUUGCUUGCCUGUAUAUUUUCUUGUUUCCAAAUCUGAGUAUUUGCCACGUGGCGAAAGUACAUCACCGAGAGAGAUUAUUGUUAACAUAAGAAAUUUGUUGAACAGAACGCAGUUUUAAAAGAAAAAAGAAAACAUGGAAUAUUUUCCUUGGAAGAUACAAAGACUUAUUUUAAAAUUGCUAGGAUGUAAUAGGACUAAUGUGUGAAAACCGCUUACAUUUAAUUACCUUUCAAUAUAAAAUUCUAUUUUGGUAAUCCUAAUUUAUAUUGUAUGCAAGUAAUUUUAUCAUUAUCACACGUAUAAAUCUGUUUGGUUUCAUUUUUUCGUUGCAAAUAGCUUUCAGUUUAUAAUACUGCUUGAAUGUAUUGUUCAGUGAUUAGUUAUUAAUUAUAUUAUAUUAAUGGUUAAUUAUCAAUGAUAUUAACAAUAAUUUUGUUGAGUUUUUAGAGACUUAAAGAUAGAUUGACAGAUUAAUAGAUUUAUUAUUAUUAUCAUCAAUUGAUGUUUUAUUAUAGAACCCCUACAAUUAUGAGAUUUAUUUAUACGUACGAGUAAAGUGUGAAACUUGAAUAAGAGGAUAUUAAAGACAGUUAAUAAUAUAUUUUUUUUGUCCCAUUGAUUGGGCAACGAGAACUGAUGAGUAACUAAUCAAAAUAUAACUUCCACAAUACAAAAUACUCAUAAAAUUAUAGAAUUGUUAUGUUGUAUUUUUUUUGCGCUGUUGUGUUACAACGGCUAUACAUGUCUCAAUGCGUGCUGUGAACAUAUAGUAUAUUAAUACCGUGUGUUAUAGACGAGGAUGUUCUGUUUCAUGUUAUCAAACCUUUAUUGUAAGUUUAACUUUGUAAAGUAUUAUUUAUUUUUUAAUUAUAUCACAUUAUUGGAAAA